AUGGCCCUCGCAGUGUGCUUCACCCUGAACAUCGCCCUCAACAACUUCAGCCUCUCGCUCCUGGACAUGUCCGUUAACGUUAUGGUCCGCUCCACGAGCCCGCCGAUGUCUCUUCUCCUGCAGCUGUGCUUUCCUGCGAAGGUAGGCAUGGUGCUACUCGGCGUCAUCUGCGCGGCGCUGGUGGUUAUUUCCAAGAGCACCCAGAAGAAGACGGCGGACCAGAACGAGGGCGGCGGCAGCAACACGCUGGGUCUCCCUGGAGCUCAUGGUAGUUGUGAUUCUUGGCAAGGGGUCAAGUUGAACGCUAUCGACUCGCUCAUUUACAUGACCAUUCCAAUCGUCGUGCUGCUGUUGUUGCCCAUCUACUUGAUCAAGCACCCCGUGUCUUAUCCUGGGCACGAGAUGGCCACGAAUUUCAGCGUGUUCGUGGAGAUCGCCCAGCUGAGCCUCGGCACCGUGGUGCAGGUGACGAUGUCCGGCAUCUGGGCCCUCGGCUACAACCUCCUGCUGUACAACAUUGUCAGGGAUCUCUCCCCGUUCUUCGCGUCGUUUGCCGCAAACUUCAAAAGGUGGCGGCCAUCGCCCUGGCCCUGCUCAUGGGCAUGGAGUCGCUGCAGGCCGGCCGCUUGA